GCUGGGACCCCGGCGCUGCUGCUGCGGUGUGCUCGCUAGAGGGGAUUAGGCUCCCGCACCAUGGACACGGGGUAAGAGUCCGCCCGAGGAGCGGGGCUGCCGGCGGCUGUGGAGACUCAUGAAGCUGCGGGAUCCGGCGCCUGGGGAGACGUGAGCAGGCAGGUGCCAUGCCAGCUCCUGAGCAGACCCCCAUGAUGGAGGAGGGGCUGUCAAAAGCCCCCCAGGAGGCUGCCCCCACCACAGGCAUGGAGCCAGAGUCCACGGCCACCAACAUUUUGGCAUCGGUAAAAGAGCAGGAGCUUCAAUUUGAACGGCUCACCAGAGAGCUCGAGGUGGAAAGACAAAUUGUCGCCAAUCAGCUAGAAAGAUGCAGACUGGGAGCGGAGUCGCCAAGCGUCGCCAGCGUAAGCUCUACCGAGAAAUCAUUUCCUUGGAGAUCAGCAGAUGCAUCAUCCGGAGGUCCCCCUAAGCAGAGACUGUCUGACUCUACUCAUCCCAACCACUUCCUCAUCAGAUCUGACCCAGAACCUGUGACCAUGUAUUCCCCGGAGCAGACGUCACUUCAUGAAAGUGAGGGAUCUUUAGGCAACUCUCGAAGCUCAACGCAGAUGAACUCGUACUCUGACAGCGGUUACCAGGAAGCCGGGACUUUUCACAACCACAAUGUGGGUAAACCUGAACUUCGGCAGCAGCACUCGUUCUCAGGAUCUACCAGUAACCACCUGGCGAGGUCCACAAGGGCUGAAGGCCAAGCCUUGGUCCAGCCAUCAAAUCCUGUGGCGGCCAACAAGGCAGUUCGGCGUGUUAGCUCCGUUCCCUCAAGAUCACAGUCCCCUUCUUAUGUCAUUGGAUCUGGAGUUUCUCCAUCUCGAGGGUCCCUGAGAACAUCACUUGGUAGUGGCUAUGGCUCCCCAUCCAUUACGGAUUCACGACCGCUUCCCACUUCCACCACGUACUCCUCUACAACGUUGCCUUCUCAGAGAGCAGCUUCUCCUUACACAAUACGGAGGUCCAACUCUCCAACAGGUGUUCGAAGGAUUGGUUCACUCACUUCGAGACAAAACUCCAACCCUAACAGCAUGACCUCAACCUACCAAACAUUAGGUACUUCAGCUAGAGUUGGUUCCCCAUUAACUUUAUCUGAAACCCAAAAUAGAGUUGCCACAUCCUCCCAACCUCCUGUAGGAUCCUCCUCUUCUCCGAAGCGAGCUGGAAUGACUGCAGUUCCACAGCAUAUGGGAACAUUACAAAGGAACUUGCAUGACAUUGACCAAUAUGGUCACCAGCCGUUUGACAUUUAUGAAAGAAUGGUUCCACCAAGACCAGACAGCCUUACAGGUUUAAGAAGCUCUUAUGCAAGUCAGCAUAGCCAGUUAGGCCAGGACCUGCGUUCUGCUGUAUCCCCUGACCUGCAGAUUACCCCUAUAUACGAGGGGAGAACCUACUACAGUCCAGUCUAUCGGAACGCCAACCACGGAACCAUCGAGCUGCGCCAAGGAUCACAGACUGCGGUUUACCGUACCGGCUCAGGGUCGGGUAAUCUUCACAGGACAUUGAGCCAACGUAACACUCUUGCAUACCAAAGAAAUAAUUAUGCUCUCAACACUGCAGCUACCUAUGCUGAGCCAUACCGAUCAAUGCCGUUCCGGGUGUCUGAAGGCAGCUAUAACAGGAUGCCGCACGCUGCGCCCGCAGAUGAUGGAACCACAAGGUCCCCCUCAAUUGACAGCAUACAGAAGGAUCCCAGGGAGUUUGCUUGGCGUGACCCCGAACUACCUGAGGUCAUUCAUAUGCUUCAGCAUCACUUCCCUUCAGUGCAAGCAAAUGCAGCGGCCUACCUGCAACAUCUCUGCUUUGGGGACCAUAAGAUCAAAAUCGAGGUGUGUCGACUUGGAGGAAUAAAGCACCUAGUUGAUCUUCUGGAUCACAAGGUACUGGAGGUUCAGAAAAAUGCAUGCGGCGCCUUGAGAAAUCUCGUAUAUGGCAAGUCUACUGACGAAAACAAGAUUGCGGUGAAGAACACAGGCGGGAUCCCUGCCCUCCUUAGACUACUGAGAAAAACCAAUGACCAAGAAAUAAGAGAACUUGUAACCGGAGUCCUGUGGAACUUAUCAUCCUGCGACGCCGUAAAGAUGACGAUUAUCCGCGAGGCUCUGUCGCCGCUCACAAACACUGUGAUCGUUCCACACUCCGGACUGAAUAAUUCCUCCUUCGACGACGAUCACAAAAUGAAAUUCCAGUCCUCGUCGGUUCUCCGCAAUACCACUGGCUGCAUGAGAAACCUGAGUUCAGCGGGGGAAGAAGCACGCAAGCAGAUGAGAUACUGUGAAGGCUUGGUCGACUCCCUCCUCUUCGUGAUUCAAACCUGCGUGAACACGUCAGAUUUUGACAGCAAGACAGUGGAGAAUUGUGUCUGCACCUUGAGGAACCUUUCUUACCGGCUCGAAUUGGAAGUGCCUCAAGCUCGAUUGCUGGGAAUUAAUGAAAUGGAAGACUUCUGCAAGGAAUCCCCCAGCAAGGACUCCGACUCGAGCUGUUGGGGUAAAAAAAAGAAAAAGAAGAAAAGGCCACCCCAAGAAGACCUGUGGGACGGUGUGGGGCCCAUUCCAGGAAUAUCCCAAUCCCCAAAGGGAGUUGAAAUGCUCUGGCACCCUUCUGUAGUUAAGCCAUAUCUGACUCUCCUAGCUGAAAGUUCGAAUCCUGCGACAUUAGAAGGUUCGGCCGGGUCUCUCCAGAAUCUCUCUGCUGGGAACUGGAAGUUUGCCGCCUAUAUUAGAGCUGCAGUCAGGAAAGAGAAAGGGCUGCCCAUCCUGGUGGAGCUGCUGAGGAUGGAUAACGACAGAGUGGUGUCUUCAGUGGCCACGGCUUUGAGGAACAUGGCGUUAGAUGUUCGGAACAAGGAGCUCAUCGGCAAGUAUGCAAUGCGGGACCUGGUCAAUCGGCUCCCAGGAGGCAACGGCCCCAACGUUUUAUCGGACGACACCAUAGCAGCAAUCUGCUGUGCCUUGCAUGAGGUCACCAGUAGGAAUAUGGAGAAUGCCAAGGCGCUGGCAGACACGGGAGGGAUAGAGAAGCUGGUGAACAUCACAAAGGGGAAAGGAGACAGGUCUUCAUUGAAGGUGGUGAAAGCUGCUGCACAAGUACUAAACACACUAUGGCAAUAUCGAGAUCUCCGCAGCAUCUACAAGAAGGAUGGUUGGAAUCAGUCUCAUUUUAUAACUCCAGUCUCAACAUUAGAACGUGAUCGAUUCAAAUCCCAUCCAUCGUUAUCAACCACUAAUCAGCAAAUGUCACCCAUGAUCCAGUCAGUGGGCAGCACGUCGUCGUCACCAGCACUGUUAGGAAUCCGGGAGCCAAAUUCUGGAUACGAGAGAACACAGUCCUCUAUGCAAUACUACAACAGCCAGGGGGAAUCCUUGAUUCACAAGGAUAUGUAUAGCGGGUCCAGCAAAGCGUCUCCUAUCUACAUCAGUUCCUAUUCGUCACCAGCACGGGAGCAGAACAAGAGGCAGCAGCAGACUCACCAGCUAUAUUAUAGCCCCGAAGAUCCCAAUAGGAAAAACUAUGACUCCUACCGGCUGUAUCUGCAGUCUCCACACAGCUAUGAAGACCCGUAUUUCGACGAGCGCGUCCAGUUCACGUCAACGACCGAUCAGAACGCGCAAUACGGACUUAAAUCAACCACAAACUAUGUUGACUUUUACUCCACUCGGAGACCUUCCUAUAGACCGGAACAGUAUCCAGGGUCUCCGGAUUCCUGGGUGUAACCCCGGGGAGGUCGCUCCAUGGACUCAGUACUAAGUAAUCAUGCUUGACUUGAUUUUUUUGAAUGGCCUUAUUUGCUGUUUUUUUUACGGUUGGAAACGGAAAGUGAAAUAAAAAAAAGAAGGACCAUGUUGGACGUGGUAAUUUUAUUUCAGAAGGUUUAGCCUGGACGAGACGAAAUGAAGCAAGAAGGGUGUUUUUUUUUUGUUUUGUUUUUUUAUAUAUGAAUUUUUUGUAAUUUUUUUUUUUUUACAUUUUUUUUUUUUUUUUUUGCUGUUUUGGUUGUAGAUCUUGCUGCUUGUAGUUCUGUAGUCUGGUGAUGGUGCAAGCUAUGUGAGGGAAGGUAUGCGAUUGAUGAUGGGGGAAAAUGUCUAUGGUCAAAUCAAAUCUUGAUAUUUUUUUUAAUGUGAAUAAAGUCUCAUUCCGAUUUAGUUUGUACAGAAAUACGGAUCCAAUGAAUGCUUCUUCUUUGUUUUACUGUUACUCAAUGUCGACCUUGUAUGCUAUCCUGUCGUGUAAAUUUUUCUCUCACCGGUGUAAAUACAGCAGUGCUUUGCCAGUCGCGGGUGCCAUCAUUUGUAUUGCAGUGUAUCACCUGGAAUCACUGAAAAUCCCAGAGAUGUAAAUCACCAUAUUGAACGCUAACAUUUUUACACAUAGACUCAUUUAAGAAUAGAAGAUAAUCGCUGCGUUUUGUCCAUUUCCUGCUCUUUCAUAAGUCUCACUGCCAUUUUCUAUGCACAUGGAAGAUGAAAUAAAUGUGGACGUGUCAUCCACGGA